AUGGCCAUCCAUCUUGUUCGACGGCACUCCAGAUUUCUUUGCCGUGCACGCUCGCCGCCUUGCAUGGUGAUGGGGUCGUACCGGCGAAUCGCCACUACCACCAGCAGUGGCACUCGCUCUCCGUUGUCGUCGCAGCGUCGGUUGGGCUUUGUGUCUUGGAGCUACAGAGACACCAAUGGCAGGCAUCACAAGUCAUUGGCGACUGUCUAUGCGCUGCUGGAGGAGCGGCUUCCUGUCGCGCCGCUCUCCCCCAAUGACGCACUCGAUACGCUUCUUUUCCUUCUGCCGGCAGAUGCCCACCACAGCGGCAUUGUCGACCAUCUCGUGCGCAUCGUCAGCGGCAACGUAUGCUGCACUGAUCCGUCGCUGUGCCUCGCUGUCAUGGAGAGGCUCCUGACACCGCAGCUGCCGCGCUGGCUGCCGGGGUCAGCCGCAGCCGCGGAAAACAGCAGCGACAUCGACGACUCGCCAUCUGUGAAUGCUAACGAUGCAGCGGUACUGAUGGCGCUGGUGCCGCUUGCCCCCGUGCUGAGCCGGUGCGUGGUGGUGCACGUGCGUCUCCGGCUCGUUGAGAGUGGAAGCAACACCGAUCUGCUGUGCUCUCUACACGACCGGCAAACGCCACACGUAGAUCCUCUCCGCCGAGGAGCACCCCACGACAGCAGAACAGGUGACGACAGUAGAAGCUCCUUCUUACUACGGGGAGCGGCCGUGCUCUUGUCUUUUACAGCGCAGAGACAGCACUGGGACUGCAGCGACUGUGAGCGAAGCGCCGUAAUGGACAGCUGCACCAAGCAAUACCUUAAACGGCGAGAGAGCAGAGACCGAUGGCACGCCUGCAGUCUCAUCGCCGUGGCCUAUCCAGUUGUGCAGUAUUUCUACUCAAGCCGGUCCCAAGCGAAUGAGCGAAAGGCUCUCGCGGCUCGAACGGACAUCAGUACAUCUUUUCCAGCAGCAGCGGCAUUGGCGCUCCAGCCGUCGCUCAGCAGCUGCUGCGCGACCCCAGGCGGCCGCUGUGCGUCCGGCUCAUCGUGCUGGAGCACAGUGCGCUCACUAGGCCAGCAGUGCUGGUGGUGGUCUACGGUGGUGUGCCGCGCCACCCCGGCCAUCCCAUCCGCUGCCGUUCGCGCCUUUGCAGCUUACUCGCUGGUUGAGGUCCUUCACAAAUUGCACAGAGCUCUGGGGCAGUGUGUCGUGCCGCGUGAGCCGUCACUCUUGUGGGCAUGCUCUAAACAUCCUCCGCCGUUGCUUUCUCUCGAAACGCUUCGGCCGUGCUUAGCAAUGCUUGAGUGGCUCCUCGUCAACAGUGUCCCUAUCCUGCGUGACGAGAGCGACGCUGAUGCCUCGUGGCUGUCGCCUGCUUAUUCGAAGGAGAGCGCGCAGUCUUCGCAGCCUUCCGCAUGGACAACGGAGCUGCGGCAUGGCUGGCGGCACCUCGGUGGCGACUUCGCUUACCUCUCGGUUACUGCGUUGAAACGCAUGGCUAAUGACCCUGGUGCUGUAUCUGACGUUUGCGGUGGUAGGGCAGCAGCUGUUAGUGCGCCUGGGGAGAGCACAUCCGCCGCACGACUGGCCGCUUCGCCACCGCCACGGCUGAGUUCGACUGGUGUGUGCUCCCGCAGCCACCUCGUGCGCGCAAUGGCGAAUGUUGGCUAUCGUCUGGCUCUUCAGUGGACGGCCGUGGUGACGCCUUUGGUGACCGCUGUAGCGGUGUCGAAGCUGGUGAAAGGCACACUCGACGGGCAGUUCAGGCCCAACCCAUUGCAGCAGCUUGGUCCCCUUGAUAAGCAUCAGCAUCAGGAGCUGAACCGGACGCCACCUGCCUGUGAGCUGGAGGUAGUCCUGCGAUUACUGCGAGGCAUCACGUCUCUCAGACCUGUGCUGUCGAGCACAGCGUCCACCAUGAACUCUGGGUUGCCGGCUGCAGCUGGGGUUGUCUUCGUGGAGGAGGCGACAUGGUGUAAGCUGGCGUGUAUCGUGAACCUUGUGCGCUGCUGCUCAGCUGGUAGAGAAGAGAACAAUGAUUGCCUGCACGGCGCGCUUUCUGCAGUAACGGCAAUGCACGAGCAUCAGAAGUUUGUUCAACUCCACGAGCAGCGACUGCUGCAUUGCGGCCUAGUUCAUACGCUAGCGUGCACCGCGAGCUCGACACUCGAAACUGCAUCCUGUGUAAGCGGAGACGCAGUAGUGAACCAAUAUGCUGCCGGUGCUGGGCACGCUGGCCCAUGCCCUCAGCCGCCGGCCCACGUGCCUCUUCAUGCGCUGCCCAACGCCUCAAUUGAAUUCCUUUCCAUACUGCUAAAGUGCUGGCGCACGUGGACGAUGGACUGGCCUCUGCAGCUUUACGCGACGUGGCUUCAGGGGUUGGCAUCUGCUGCUCCUGCUGUGGCGUCACCAGUGGGUGCUGGAGUGGAGGGGGCUGACGUGAGAGACAGCAGUGGUGGCACCUCACUAACGAUAGGAGAAGCGGCCGCACACGUCUGGUCGUCGAUGGCGGUACCCCAUUUCCCUUUACUUGACACUACCGACGCUCGAUUCGUCCAACAGUGCCGGUCGAUGCAGCACAGGUUGUGCUCGCACCUCACAGAGGCCUGGGCCGCGGCGAUGGACGUUCGGCACGAUCGUGACCCACUCGAUUUAUGUGCGUGCUGGUAUGCUUUCUCUGCUGCGUCGCGCUCGCCUCGUUGUCUUUCUGCGGCUGGGGUCUCACUCACUACGAGAGGCGGCGCGCUCCCAUCUACACGCUGCACUUCUUCACAGCUAUCUCAGCAGUGUUCCUACGUGUGCCAGGGGCCCCGAGAGGACGGGUUGCGCGAGCAGCUAAGCCUCAUAGCCGCCACCUCUGAGGAUCGGUUCUGCUGCAUGUGCGAGAAGUGGUUCAAGCAACUUUGCGAUCUCCCCAACCCUCGCGUAAUGAGUGCCAUUUUGCAGUCGAGGGAGCAGCGCCCCAUGACUCUUGACCAGGUUUCAGUAGAGCAUCCGAAACGAGACUUACUCAGACUUGGCUGGUGCCCCAUGUGCUUCCCUGCGAUUCUCUCGCAUGUUGCGCUUCGCGUGCUCUACCGCAGCAGGCCAGAAGGCUCCGCAGGCGCCACGAGCGCCACCCUUGACGACAACGGCGUGGCUGCCGAGCUGCCCCGUAUCAGCGAUUCGUUUGUGGCUCUGAUACGUUCUGCGGCACUCACACCGGUGACGGAGGAGCUGACCGCCUUUCAGCUGUCUGUGGUUUCCCGGUAUGUGGACUGGUGCGAAGCUGCAGGCGUGCACAUUGGUUGGUGCGCCUGCGCCGUUCAGGCCCACCGUACAGUCGUUAGUGCUGGCGCUUCUGACGUCUCGUGCAUAGCUGUCGAUACCCUGGUAGAAUCACCCGCCAACGUUGGGGGCAUGCCGUGGUGGGUGCUGACGGUGGAAGGGCUGGCGGUGAAAGGAAGUUUGCAGGACAGCGUCAAGGUCGACACGAUACUCUUUUUAUGGGAGCAUGGAGUUGGUGCCGCCACCGCCGCCGCCGCUGCUGCGGCUGGGGUGGAGCCUCCUCGUUUCUUCGAAUCUCACCACCAUCACCACAACGAAUGCGCGUCUGCAAUACGGCCACUGAUGCCACCGCGUCUCGGUACUCUCGGCAACAGCGCUGUGGAGGAUUCGUCUGAGGGGUCACCGAGUGAGCUGGGUUUAGGCACUCCUGGUGCGCCACCCGAAGCCACGGCGGAGUUUGACAAGGAAGUCGAUGGCUGCGAUGACUUCUCAAGCGAGCACUGGAGCCUGCGUCGCAGCAUUGUUGAGUGGGGCCACCGUUACGCGUUGCGCCUGGUCCUCUUUGAAGUGGUGGAGGGUCAGUGGCACCGUUCUCGCGUCGCCGCGCUAGCUCGUCGAUCGCAGCAGCGGCAGGCAGGGCAAGUGCGGUGUGGUGCCCGGCAUCAAAGAUGCAGGACUUUAUUGGAGGUCCGCGAGGAUGAAGACGCGAGGACGGCAGACGGUGCGCGUGUCGUCGACUACGCCACAUCUGCGUGUCGCUCCGCCGUGUUGGGGCUGGGCAUUCCACCAGGAUUCGUGUGGAACAGCGAAGCCUACCAGCCACUUCUGCAGUUUGUGGCGGAGAGCGCUGUGCGUAUGGUGGAGGAGAUUGCCGCCGAAGUGCUUGCGGUUGCCUGGGCGACGGUGGCGCACAGUGAGGCGAACGACUCCAAGUCCACGACAGACGAACCAGAGAUCGAAGGACCCCCUGCUGUUGGUGCGAUUGUGCCAAACUUGGUCAAAGCCAAGCACCCUGAGCAGUGGACGGAGCGCCUCACCGCGCACUUGUGGAGGGAGCUCCGCCGAAGUCCGGCACAAGUUACCAUUGCACAACCUUCUUGUACUUUCCCCGGUGCUCACUGCACCGGUCUCCACGGUGGCCACCACCGCUCGUCGCCGACGGCGGCAACGCACUACGCUUUCUGCCGACAUACACAACCACGCGGGCUUGCAUCCUCCGAUGCUGUGGCGUGUUUAGAGCAGCUGCUGUGCGACCUUGGCCUUGUCGAAGCAUCGGAGAGGCACCUCGCUUGCCACACACCCUGCGGUACAAUGUCGACGGCGGAAGUUGCCGAAGAGUCUCACGCGCUCCUUGCCUCCCUGCUGCUCUCCCCCGAGUUGGUGUGCACUUCCUCGAUGGUGGUGUACUUUGCGAGCGCCGUCCUUUGGCCGAGAUGCUGGGAUUCUCUGCUGAAGACCACCAGUGCCGGUGUUCAUCACAACGGCACUGGGAUGCCAGGUAGUCUAGAAGGCGAAGAGGAUGUGGCAACCCAACUCGACGCACUUGUUGCCUUUCGCGUGAUAUUGCGCUGCGUUGAGCGAGUGCAGCGGCUUGUGCGCGAGUUGGGGGAGUACCUCUGUUGUGUUUUCGUGCCAGCGGUGCGGACAGGCCACUGCGUUGCCUGGCUCACUGCCACGCCGGUGGAGGCGAUAUGUCGAAUGCUCUCCUCGUCGGCUUCCUGCAGUGCUGCGUCACUGACAACGCACCCAGAGAGUACGGUGACUGCGAAGCACAACAGACGCGAUGCAGGCAAGUUGCGUCGACAUUUUCGCUUCUCUUCCGCAACAGUGCGCACGUUUGAGGUGCUGUGUCUCGGCAGAUGUGGUGAUGAGCGGCGGGCACCGCGCGUGUGGCAGCAGUGGACACACGAGCUGGUUUGCACGGAUGGAAUGCUGCGCGAACACCCCUUGAUACGGUCCCCGUCACGGUGA